CAUGCAGGACACCGGCCGUCCAGGACCGGAUUUGCCCACCCCUGCUCUAUAAAGACUCGGUCUGUCUUGCCUGCUGCCUCACGAGUCCUAACGAGCUGCAGCUGCGAGCGUCGCCGAUUCCACAGCAUGCUGGAGAUGGAGGCCUGUCUGUCACGCCGAGACUCUCCUCGAUUGGCUCGUGUGCUUCGUGACGAAGGCGUGAGCCCGAGCACACUCACCCAAUUAAACCUGCUCGUUUGCAAGAGGCUAAGCUCAGCUGACUUUGGCCCAGUGGGUGUGGUCUUGAAGUCUUUGGAGAUUCUGGUGGACAACAGGGAUCUCCACGAAACCCUGGUCGGUCUCGGGAUCACACACCAAGUGCUGUCUUGGUUCCAAACAUUGCGGAAACUCUUGGCCACGUCUGCAUCCCCGAAAGGCUCGGCUCAAACACUGCUGGUCGAGCGCUUCUACGACUUCCUGCUGCUGCUGAGCCGCUCGUGUCUUCCAGGCUUGGAACGGUCUUUGACCCUUAUGGAACUUCUGCACACGCUGCUGGAAUCGCAACUUCUCUUCAAUGUCAGACUGGAGGCGGCGAGAACUUUCAACAGCAUCCUGGAUUCUUUGGGCCGGGAUGAGAGGAAGCACGUCCAGUCGGAGCGAAUGCUACUGCAGAUGAUGCCGACGGUGGCGUCGACCAUUCGGACAAUCGGAGACUACGAGUUGCAGGUGAGCCUAUCGGAGGCUUUGUGCCGUAUGAUUCCCAGGGAGGAGCGAGUCCAGCGGGUCAACGAGUGGUUCUCCUGCUCGGACAUCGCCGGCGCGUUCUGUCUCAUCACAUCUGCGGACUUUGAGACGGAUUGUCGGCGGUUCCUCAACUUCGUUAACCGCGGCCAAGGCAAUUAUAGAAGGGUUUGGACCUUCCCGUGCAUGGGAGCCUUCCUGGAGAGCACAGAGCUCUUUGGGCCCAAAGAUGACAAGUUGGAUGAGUUCUGGGUAGACUUCAACUUUGGAUCCCAGUGUGUCAGCUUUUUCGUAGACCUUCCUCAGGGCUUCCUGUGGGGUUCUUUGCAUUUGCUCAAGGAAGAGGUGUCCCGGUACCAGCUGGAGCUCCAGCAAGAUGAAGGAGGCGAGGCUCAGGUGAUCCUCACUGUCCUUCUGAAGUCUCCGAUCACGCACCUGGACAGCAAAGGCAGUAGAGUCCAGCUGCGCUUCAAGCCCGAGCUGCUUGGAGAGCUGGAGGCGGCGGCCGCGAAGGUCUUUCCGGGAGAGGAAGGCCACAAAGACGCGAGCGAGCGAGCCUGGGCCUCCCCCUUGCCUACAAGACCGCCGGCCCGGAGAUACAGGAAGAAGACAUGUAGCCGGACUUUGAAAGUUCUUCCACUGUCGUCCCCGAGCAGCGAUGACCAAGACUUAGCUGCCACGACUCCAAGUAGUAAAUGGGCGUCUGACCUCUUUGACCAACAUGCGUGCGCCACGCCGUUGAAAGUCUCUGGCGAGAGCGCUCCGGAGAGCCCGCUUCAAGGCAAGAACGCAGGUCGUGGUUGGAUAUUCUCAUGAAAAGAAACUGA